AUGGGCUGUCGAUCUUGCUUCUGCUAUCGUUUUCGGCCUCCUUUCAGCGUAGAUCUUGCUCGCAGAUCUGGUUUGUUUGAUUUCACUGAAGCGGUUCCUUGGUUCUGCGAGCAGCUAUGCUUCUCGUGUUGGGGCUUCGGGUGGCGACAAUGGUUUUGUCCAAGCCAUUUGCCCCCGCUGCAGUUGGGUGGUUAUAGCUCGAUUCAGAACAUGGUUUGUUUCUGUUCUCAGAUCAGACAGUUUUCCGUUUACUUGACUUUGCUGGCAUUUGUAGUGUGA